AUGAUGAUGCAUCACGAUCCUAUUGUCAGAAUAUCGGAUUGCUCGUCCGUACAUUCUACAAAGCAACCACAACAAGUAUCAACAAGCAACAAUAAUCACCAACAAACGAUUCAAAUGACUCCAUCAUUGAAAAGUUUUCUCAACGAUCUGGAAACGUGCUUUAGAAACGGACAAGGAAAAGUCAAUCCUGAAGAAGUCAAAAGUAUAUUCAGAAAGUACAGCAACGAGAUGGAUAUCAAUGAUUUUGAACCCUAUUGCUAUGCCGAUACGACUGCAACCUACACGAGAAAUUUAGUCAUGAACAAUCCAUACUUUUCUCUUAUUGUGCUCGUUUGGAAUCCACAACAACACUCAUGUAUUCAUGCCCAUGGAGGUUCACAAUGUUGGUUCAGAGUAUUGAGAGGUCAAGUCAAGGAAUGCAGAUGGCUUGUGAAUCCCAAACAAGAUACUUCAUUGUCGCCUGUAAACCCAACCAAAGAAUUCAUUGCAAAUAUGGGAACAAUUGGUUACAUUGACGACAGCAAUGGUGUUCACUGUAUUGUGAAUAUGGCUGAUGAGAUUUCCGUGUCAUUGCAUUGCUAUGCCCCACCUUAUCAAGAAUGUGCAUGCUACUCCGAUGAAACUGGAGAAAUUUUCAAUGGAAAGGUCAUGUUUGACUCUAUUGGAGGUCAAAUUUUAAGUGCCCACGAUACCAUGUACAACUUUUUACGAAAGGAAAAGGAAGAGACUUCUCAAAAUCAACAUUAA